AUGUCGUUUUUCUGUGCGCUAUCCGGUGAACCUCCUCAGGACCCAGUCGUAUCCAGCAAGAGCGGCCACCUCUAUGAGCGCCGGCUCAUCACCAAGUACAUCGCAGACAAUGGCACAGACCCCAUCACGGGCGAUAAACUUGAAGAGGCUGAUCUCGUCUCUGUAAAAGCCAGCCCGAAAGCCGUCCCACCACGCCCUCCCCAGCUCACUUCUAUCCCUGCGCUUUUGCAUUCUCUCCAAAACGAAUGGGACGCGCUCGUCCUGGAGACGUUCGCGCUCAAACAGCAGUACAACUCUGUUCGUCAGCAGCUCUCGCACGCGCUAUAUGCACAAGACUCGGCAACGCGUGUCGUUGCUCGACUUAUUAAAGAGAGGGAUGCAGCAAGGGAAGCACUCGCAAACGUCCAAGCAUCCAUCGCCGCAGGAGAAGAAGCAAGCGGCGACGUCGACAUGAAAGAAGACCAACAAACCGACGACUCACCAGGCCUCCCCAAAGAAAUCGUCUCCCAAAUCGACGAAACCAACUCCACACUCAGCUCUCAACGUCGUAAGCGCAAACCCGCUAAAGAACACACAACAGCAGCGCAAGUCAAAACUUUCACUGCAACACAUACAAUCCCUUCUUUGCACGCUGCCUCCCCUGCAGGAAUCACCUCGAUCGCUUUGUCUAAGGAGGAAGCGGGUGUGUUCGUUACGGGUGGGAAUGAUAAAGUUGUACAGCUGUAUGACCGUGGUGAAGAUAAGGUUAUUGCGAGUUUGAAGGGACAUACAAAGCGCGUUAACCAGGUUGCGUUGCGUGAAGUUGCUGGAGGGCCGAGACUCGUACUCUCUGCUAGUGCAGACAAGACAGCACGUGUAUGGGCGCACGAUAGUGCCUCAGGCGAAUAUGCACCUCGACAAACGAUUAAAAUGCACAAGGGGGACGUAACAGGUCUCUUCGUCCACCCUACUUCCACACUUCUAGGUCUCGCAUCCCUCGAUCGGACUUACUCCGUACACGACCUCACCAACUUCGUGUCUAUCUUCCAAAGUGCACCAGGUGACGACGCCUACACAGCAGUGAACGUCCACCCAGACGGCGUCCUCCUCGGACUCGGUACACCAGGGUCGACGAUUCAGAUCUAUGAUAUCCGCUCAGGAGCACUCGCAGCGACGUUAACACCUGAGUCAGGAACACCAUUCACAGUCUCCACACUCUCAUUCAGCGAAAACGGAUACCACCUCCUCGCACCAGACUCCACAUCCUCCGUCGCAAUCUGGGACCUCCGCAAACAAGCACGGGUAACUUCCAUCCCCCUCGGAGACGACUUUAAAGUCAACAAAGUCACUUACGACUCUUCGGCGCUGUUCUUUGGUGUUGCGGGUAACGAAGGUGGACGUGCGUUUGCGCAUAAGACGUGGGAAGAGUUGGUGAGGUUUGAGGAGGGGGGUGAGAUGUCGGAUAUUGUGUUUGGGGAACUUGGGAAGGAGGUUUGGGGGUCUACGGGUAGGGAGGUUAGGAUUUGGGGGUUGCCUGAGUAG